AUGUCGUACAAAAGGCUGCUGCGGAAGGUCUGGAUCACAGUGAUGGUAGUGUUCAGGCUACUGGUGAUCAUUGGUGUUGGCUAUCCUCUGUACCAAGACGAACAAAUGAAAUUCACUUGUGAUACCAUGCAGCCAGGAUGCUCCAAUGUGUGCUACGAUGCCUUCUUCCCUGUAUCCCACUGCAGAUUUUGGUUUGUACAGGCCAUCGUGCUCUGCUUGCCUUUAGCUUUUUUCAUCCUGUAUGUGGCCCACAGGGUGCCAAUGCAAAACGCAAAAGCAAGUUCCAUCCAGUGUCUGCAAAAUCCGGCUGAAACGUCGUCAACCAGGAAAGAGGCUGUGGGAAGUACUUCCUUGACUAGGAAAAGCCAGGAGACAAAUCUCCAUUUGACAGACAGCCACGAGGAAGCCAAGGCUGCAACUGAAGACCUCAGAAUAGGACAAAGAAUUCUUAAUUUCUGUGAGGCAUAUGUGCUUCAGUUACUUCUGAGGACUUUGUUGGAGGCAGGAUUUGGUGUUGGCCAAUAUUACUUGUUUGGCUUUUUUGUCCCAAAUCGGUUUGUCUGCUCCAGUUAUCCGUGUGCCAACAGAGUGACCUGUUAUCCCUCCAGGCCCACAGAGAAAACAUUGCUGGUUAAUUUUAUGUUUGGGGUCACUGCAUUUUCCUUUCUCCUGAACUUUGUGGAUCUGAUUUAUGUAAUUAAUCAGGCUGUCAAACAAAAUAAGAAGAAUAAGUUGCGGAUGAAACAUUUUUAUCAAGCAGAGUCCUAUCAUGACAUACCAAGUGACACCCACGAGCUUCCUGAAUUCAAAGUAGUCCAAGAGCAUGAAAUGCAUGUGAGGGAAAGGCGAGAGAGUGGCGCAAGUGUAGGCAGUGGAGGAAAACCUUCCAAGGCAGGGCAGGAGGAAGGUGCUUAUGUACACUCAGAGGUGCUGUCAGAGGACGUGGCUCUCUCUAACACCAAUAGCAACAACACACAUCUCACCGUGCUCACAUCAAGCCCUGCUUCUAUAGGAGGAUCCCCUGACAGCAAGUUGGCUGUCUUUGAGAAGGGGCAGGGGACAUCUCCUCAUGCCUUCAGCAGCUAUGCAGCCUGCGUGCCGGGUCAGCAAGGCUCUAGAUUACGGCAGCACGCACUACCGAAACCUGCCCAAACUCCAAUGAGCAACAGUCAGCUGAUAGAGGAGUAUAGGCUUGUUCAUAUGCGGGUCACAGACAGCGAGUCAAAUUGCAGCAAAGGCAGCAGGAAAAAGAAAUCUGAGUGGGUUUAG